AUGGGUUCGUCUACGGCGGCUGCUCUAUACGCUUUGACAUUGUCCGCCUCUCCCGCUUCUUCAGCUCCAGACGAUGCCAGCGCAAAAGCGCAUCAUGUCAAAAACGGGUUUGACAAUCCUUGGGAAUCGUUCACCUCACCUUUCGAUAAGCAAACACAGUUCUUCUGGCGCAUGUUAAGUGGAAAGGCCAAUCGGCCUGAUACCACUCCUCCAACCGUUCCCAUACAGAAGCCAGAGUUCCUACCUAGUCGUGAAACCUCUGCACUGCGAGCAACGUGGCUUGGUCACGCCUGCUAUUACGUCGAGUUUCCGGGUGGACUCCGAGUACUGUUUGACCCGGUCUUUGAGGAUCGAUGCUCUCCAUUCUCAUGGUUGGGGCCGAAGCGUUAUACUGAGCCUCCUUGUGAGAUCAAGGACUUACCUACCAUUGAUGCCGUUGUGAUAUCUCACAACCACUAUGAUCACUUGUCUCUUCCGACUGUUCGGGAUAUCCAUAAGCGGCAUCCGAACUGCCAUUUUUUUGUACCUCUAGGUAACAAAGAAUGGUUUGAAAAGACCGGGAUACCGAAUGCGACGGAACUCGACUGGUGGGAUGAACGCGACAUUCUACUUUCUCCAUCGCAAUCGGCACCUCAGGUAGAGACAACAGAUGAAAGUGCCAAAUCGAAGCCAGCGGACAUCACUGCCCGAAUUGGCUGCUUGCCUUGUCAACACCUUAGUGCCCGAACACCGUUUGACCGAUGUAAGACUCUCUGGGCCUCGUGGUACGUCGAAUCCGGAGGCCGCAAAGUAUACUUUGCCGGAGACACCGGGUAUCGAUCAGUGCCAACACUUCCUGAUGACGUUGACGACCAUGGUCCAGAACAUAAUUACCCAUCGUGUCCUGCUUUCAAGCAGGUUGGUGAGUUCCGGGGGCCAUUUGAUCUCGGGUUGAUUCCCAUCGGUGCUUAUCAGCCGCGAUGGUUCAUGAGCCCUAUGCAUGCAGACCCGCAUGAUGCCGUUGAGAUCUUCCGGGAUACCAAAUGCAAGAAAGCUCUUGGGAUGCACUGGGGGACCUGGGUAUUGACAGAAGAGGACGUCCUUGAGCCUCCCCGGAAGCUCAAAGAGGCAUUGAAGAAGCACGAAUACCCCGAAACCGGAGUGUUCGAUAUCUGCGAUAUUGGAGAGAGCCGAGAGUUCUAA